UUUUUUUGGAGUUAUUGCUUGUACUGAUUACAUUGGCCAUACUGAUACUGAUAAUAUUUGGACGGAAAUUUAAAAAAAAAAAAUUAUAAAUUAAUUUUGAUUUUUGAAAUUUAAAUAUCUAAUUAUUCAAAUUAAAACUAUGAGAAGUAUGAAAUAACUAAUACUUGAACACGAUUAGGCGAAUGUUAAGUAUAUUUUCUAAAACGUUUUGACAUAUUUUAUAAUUUUUAUUUUGGUUAAUCUUAAUUAUGCUUGCUAAUUUACUAACCUACUUAUGUCUAAAAUAGUAUUUUAUCUUUUUAUAUUUCUAUUUCAUUAUUAAUUACAACCUUCUAUAAAAUCGAAGACACUUCCAAAGCAUAUAAUGUUUGCAACAAUAACUUCUAUCAUAAUUUUAUUAUUUAUUUUAAUUAUAUUAUUUAAACAAAAAUUUAAAGCUAAACAAUUUAAUUUACUGGGUUGUCAUGUUAUGGUAAGUCAUAUCAAUUUCCUACGAUAAAUUACAUAUUUAUUUAGAUUAAUUUGUCUAGGUCACAGGUGGUUCAAGUGGUAUUGGUAAAUGUAUUGCUAUAGAAGCAGCCAAAAUAGGAGCAAAUGUAACAAUUGUUGCAAGAAAUAAAAACAAACUUCAGUCAGCAUUAGAAAAUAUUAAAGCACAAUGUUUAAAUCACAAUCAAAAAUUCAACUAUUUAUCUGGUAUUAUGGAUGUUAAAUGCUUUUAAUAAUAAUUUAUAACUAGGAAUCAGAACUUAUAUAUUGUCCAUAUUUAAAAUCCAGUAAAAAGUAAUUAAAAUUGAUUUAAUUAAAAUAAACACUUAAAAUAAAUUAAAAAAAUAACAAGAAUGAUAGGAUUUAAAGUCCCACUUUUGUUAAAUACAGUUUUUUAACAUUAAAAUUGUACAUGUUAUAAAAAAAAAAUUACUAAUUAUUUUUAUAGUGUUUGAAAAUUGUAUUUAAUAAGUUAAUGUCUAGAGGGAGGACAUUUAAACUCUUACCAUUUUUCAUUUUUAAAUAUAUUUUUAGUACCUUUUUGAUAUUUUUAAGUGUAAUAAAAAAAGAUUCUUGCUUAUUACCUAGGUAUAUUAUAUUACUAAGCAUUAUUAGAUAAUUUAUAUAAUAAUACUAGUUUCUAAAUUAUUGUAUUUUUAGUGGACUUAGCUGGUGAUUAUGACAUUGUGAAAAAAUCAUUUGACAAUGCAAUCCGAGAAAUGGGUCCAUUAUAUAUGUUUGUUAAUUGUGCUGGUAUGGCAAUUUGUGGAACACUAGAAUGCAACUCUUCUUCUGAUAUAAUGGUAAUAGGUAUAGAAAACUUGAGUAGUUGAGUAAUAGUAAAUAAAUAAUGUAUGAUUAUAUUAUACUUUAUAGCAAAUGAUCAAUACAAAUUUAAUAUCUACGAUCCAAGCAACUAAAGCAGUAAUUAAUGAUAUGAAACAUAAUGGUUAUGGAAGCAUUGUAAUUACUUCAUCACUAGCAUCUUUCUGUGGUAUUUUUGGUUUAAGUGUAUACAGUGCAACAAAAUUUGGAUUAAGAGGUUUUGCUGAAGCAUUAAGCAUGGAAGUAAAUAAUAUGUGUCUAAGAAACACUACUUAAUAAUAAUAAUUUCUGGAUUUUAAUAUUUGUAUACAUGUAGACAAAGAACUAUGGAGUGAAAAUAACAUUAGCUUUACCUCCAGAUACAGACACUCCAGGAUAUGCUAAUGAAAAUAAAGGUAAACCCUUAGAAACAUUUUUGAUUUCGGAGACAGCCAAAUUGUUUACACCAGAAGAAGUAGGAAGUAAAAUUCUUCAAGAUGCAUUAGUAAUUGAAAAUCUUAAUAAUUUUCUUAAAAUUUCCAUAUUUUAAAAUUAUAUUUUACAAUUUUUAGGAUGGGCAUUUCUUUAGCACUGUUGGUUUAGAGGGUUAUUUGAUGACUGUAUCUUGUGCUGGGAUGGCUCCAUACACUACUUAUUUGGAAUUAAUAUGCCAGGUAAUAAAAAUACUAGGAAAUUAUUAAUUUAAAAUAUUAUCAGGUUAUUAAUUUACUUAUACAUUCUUUUAUAUUAAUUUCAGGUUUUUUGUACUGGCAUAUUAAGAUUAGUAAGUGUUUAUUAUCUAUCUAUGUUUGAUAAAAUAAUUAAAAAUUGUAAAUUAGAUAGAGAUUUUGGUAAUAGAAAUUUAUAAAAAUAAUUAUUACUUAAAUGUAUACAUUAUAAUUAUACAAUAAUAAGCAUAUUUUAUAUGUAUUUUUCUCUGUUGUUUGAAUAAAAGUUAUAUAUUAUUCAAAAAUAUUUUUAAAUUAAUUAGUUUGUACACCAGGCAUAAUUCUCUUGACUAGUUACUUCAUUUACUCAAACCUCCUAUACUUCGCUCGAAAUUCACAAUGAAAAAUAAAAUGUACAAUCUAUAUCGCAAUGCUGAAACCCGUGUGGUAUUUACUGAACUAAAUACUGUAUUUAAUUCAGUUGUAGCAUUAUAGAAUUCUACUGUGGGACUCGGUUAAGCCAUCAAACACUAAAAUCGUAAGCAUUGUAAUCAAUAUGCCUAUGAAAAUUACAACAACCCCUUAAUAUGUUAACAAAAGAGUCUUUUGCAUCACAAUCUUUGUGAUUACCUGGUGUUAGAAAACUUGUCUCUCUCCUACAAAAAAAUUCUCCACUCAUCCAGAAGCAUGAAAAUGAACCGAUGUCUAUAAAAAGUAGGCCUCUACCUGCUUUCUUUUUAAAAAUAUGCUUUUCGGGGUGCCACUAAUAAUGGGCAGCUGCUUCAUUGAUAUCUUUCUUCCCAUACAUUUUAUUAAAAUUUGCUUACUGUAAAUUAAGUUUUUAUAUAAUACAGAGAAUCAAAAUUCCUCCAAAAUAAUAAAAAUCACCAAAAAUGGAAACAAAUCCCUAAAAAUAUUACCAAGCGUAAUAGUUAACAGUAGGUAUAUAUAGUUAUA